AUGGCAUCUGCACUGAGCCCAGAAGACACGGCUUCGUCUGCUGGUUUGCGGCAGCGAGUAGCUGGCUCGGAUGACGAUGCUUCUGCCGUGCCCUCCAACCACGCCCACCAACUCCCAUUUGAUGCUACCGAUGCUCCCCAUGAUGCCGACCCCCGCGUUGAUGCGCCACGCACGCUCACACAACGCGAUGUUGCCGCCUUGAUUAUCAACAAGAUGAUAGGGACUGGCAUUUUUACUGGCCCAUACACGGUCUUGAUCAACACGCAGAGUAAGAGUGUUGCCAUGGGACUGUGGGCCGUGGGCUUUGGCUACACUAUAUUGAGCAUGUUGAUGUACCUCGAGUAUGCAAGAAAGCUGCCAUUCACUGGCGGCGAACUUGUUUACUUGGAUGACCUUCUCAAGCCAAAGUUCCGCUUGUGGGCGUACACUCUAUACGCCUUUUACUUUGUUUUUGUUUACACCACGAGCACCAAUGCAUUGCAGUUUGCGUCGCAAAUCGUCCUAGCUGCGUAUAAAAAGGCCGCCUGGAAGGAAUUGCCACCAGGCGAGGUCAGCUUACAUCUUUUGCGUUUCCUAGCUGUCACGAUCACCACAGCGACAUGCCUCUUGCUGUACAUAUCCAAUUCGAAAAGUCGCUUGUUCAAUAAGGCGACCGCUGCAGCAAAGAUCUUGUCUCUGCUGAUAAUAGCAGGAUUUGGUGCUGCUUAUCUUCGUAAACAUGGCUCGCACUCAAACUGGGCUUCGGAUGAUUCGCUUGGUGAAACCCUCCCGGACUACGAUAUUCACUGGGUUCCUGCGUUCAUCGUCGUCUUGUAUAGUUUUCAUGGCUGGGAGAAUGCCACUCUUCUUGGAAAGGUUGCGGGCGAAAUUCCUUCUUUUUCGGUUCUCAAAUGGGGAUUCAUUUGGGGAGUUUCUGUAGUAGGAUCACUCUACCUACUCUUGGCCGGUAUUCUCUGUGCAGCAUUCGAUUGGCAGCAUGGCCCUCUACCCAACUAUACGGCCACUUAUUUUAGCACUGCAACAAUGCCCGAGGGACAAGUAUCGGAAACUGCUGCUGUUGCAACAGCUGUCUUGAUCGCGUUGUCAUCCAUUGGAAGCAUGCUGAGUGUCGCUUAUACGGGUGUUCGAGUCAAGCAAUCCAUAGGCUGGACCAAUAUUCUUCCUUGGUCGUGGCUUUGGAGACGAACGGGGCCUUUGCGACCCAAAUACUCAUGGCGUGAUGUUGACCAUGGGCAGCGCAAAGUCGCCCUCAUCUUUGACCAAGACGCGCUCACCCAUCCUGGGUCCCCCGAGGGCGGCGUGCUUUUGUAUUGGCUUACUACGAUAGUUUGGAUUUGCUUGUCAGCCAGCUCCACAGACACCACUUAUGCCGUCAAUUUUGCUGGCAAUAUGUUGGUUUAUGGGCACUUUUUCGUUGAAGGACUUGUAGGGAUUGGCUUCAUCUGGUUUGACCCCUUUCAAGACAGAUUCCAAAAUACCGGCUAUCCUGCUUUAGACUGGUACAGGACAGAGAGCGAUCGAAACCCUGCACCUUGGAUGCGACAAAAGCCAGCUGAGAAGGGGCAAUACUGGUCGCUUUACCGGUUGAAAGACGGGCCUUUGCAGACGCUGCUAGGAAUCAUCAUACUAGCAUUCAGUCUGGUCAUUGUCAUUUCCGACUUGUGGAGAUCUGAUGGAAGAACUGCGCUCGCGGUAGUGGGCGGCGUGCUCGUGGUAGGUUGGAUAUACUGGUGGGUCUUUGUUCGUUACGAGUCUGCAAGACAUGUCUUCAAGUUUCUCGGAUACGACAUGAUUCCCUGCACACAUGGGGAGGAUGAUCUUGCGAAUGAUCCCCCGACACGAAUAUGCCACUGGUGUGUGACUCUUCGUGCAGGGCACAGACACCCGCACGACAGCUACCUAUCUUUCAAUGAGUUUUCGCUGCGCGGAAAGCCGCGGCCAAGAUUCCUAUACACUAUAUUCGGUGAUGGGUCGGAGGCGGCGUAUAUGAUUCAGUCGUGGUCGGAUUUGAUGUCGGCUUUGCGAGGCUCCCUAUCUUCCGAUGAUUUGGAAUGA